AUGGCGGAGGAUGCUACGAGCAGCCACCCGUCACGCUACGUCAAGCUCACCAAGGACCAGGACGCCCCCGCCGAGGACAUCCGCCCCGGCGAGCUCAACCAGCCAGUACACGUCCCGCAGGUGUCGCUCUCUCUUCUUAGGCUCGAAGGCCGGAGGUGCAGCGAGUGCGGCCAGGUCCUGCCCGAGAGCUACGAGCCGCCCGCCGACGAGCCCUGGACCACCGGGAUCUUCGGAUGCACCGAUGACCCCGAGACCUGCCGAACUGGGUUGUUUUGCCCUUGCGUGCUGUUUGGGCGCAAUGUGGAGGCUCUUAGGGAGGACAUCCCUUGGACAACUCCUUGCGUGUGCCAUGCUGUGUUUGUUGAAGGAGGGAUCACGCUGGCGAUUCUGACAGCAAUAUUUCAUGGUGUUGAUCCAAGGAGCUCAUUCCUGAUUGGAGAAGGUCUGGUGUUCAGUUGGUGGUUAUGUGCUACCUAUACUGGCAUCUUCCGCCAGGAACUUCAGAGGAAAUAUCAUCUCAAGAACUCUCCGUGUGACCCAUGCAUGGUCCACUGCUGCUUGCACUGGUGUGCGAACUGCCAGGAGCAUCGCGAGAGGAGGGGACGGCUGGCAGAGAACAAUGCCGUGCCCAUGACUGUUGUGAACCCACCUCCAGUUCAAGAGAUGAGCAUGUCAGAGAACCGUGGUCCUGCGGCCCUGGAGAACGGGGCAGGCAACGCUGAGCAUGAAGCAGAGAAGAGCAAAGGUUCAAGCAAAUUCUUUCUGCCUGGUGCAACAGCCGCAGUUCUUGCCAUGCUUGGCGCUCUACAUGCUAGACGUAUGUAUGAUGACAAGAAAGUCAUCGAAAGCAAGGACAAAGGAAUUGAACCACAAUUCUCGCCAGAUAUCAGGGCUUCAUUUUUUAGGCUCCUACCAUUGCGUACCAUGUCACGUUUCUGGGGAAUCUUGAUGGAAGUGUGCAGGAUGUUCCAGUUUUCAUGCGCCCCACCAUCUACAAAGCAUGGGCUAGAGCAUUUCACUCUGAAGAAUAUCCGUCUUUGCAGGCAUUCUUCAUCCAUGGGUCUCAAAGAAGGAGCGAGGCCCAUUGAUCCAGAUCCAAACUGUCUGGUGAGUCCUGUGGAUGGUCGAGUUUUGAGGUUUGGAGAGCUAAGAGGUCCAGGAACCAUGAUUGAGCAAGUGAAAGGCUUUUCUUAUUCUGUUUCUUCUCUUCUUGGCACGAGUUCAUCCCUUCACGAUGCCGCAGAAGAACUUUCUGGGGAACAGAUACAGGAAAAUAUGCCUGAGAAUUGUAAUGCAAAAUCAUGGUGGCGAGUGUCAGUUGCUUCACCUAAACUACGGGAUCAAACACUAUCGAGCCCAAAGAAAGGCAUGUUUUACUGUGUCAUAUAUUUGCACCCUGGUGAUUAUCAUCGAGUCCAUUCUCCUGUUGAUUGGAACAUUUUGAAACGUCGGCAUUUCUCAGGCCAUCUUUUCCCUCAGAAUGAACGUGCUGUGCGCACCAUCAGAAACCUGUAUGUUGAUAACGAAAGGGUAGUGCUUGAAGGGCAAUGGAAAGAAGGUUUUGUUGCAAUUGCUGCAAUUGGUGCUACUAAUGUUGGAUCAAUCAGGAUAAGUAUUGAACCUGAGCUGAGGACAAAUAGGGCAGCGUCAAGGAUGGUUCACUCGAUGCCUCCUGAGGAACGUGUUUAUGAGCCGGAAGGGACCGGCGUGAUGGUUAAAAGGGUGAAGAGUGAGUUCACCUACAGCCCAAGGCUCUGGCCGCGUCAUGAGCUCCACAACGAUUUCCUCAAUGUCUCCCGCUGCUUCAAUGCACAAACAUCCACCGUACGAGUACCCGAUCUUGACCCCAAAUACAACAUCUCCAUCCUCGCAUCAAAGCAGGACCACUGCUUGUUCGAUUUGCUGCAUAGAUGGCAAGAAGGCAGGCUUCCAGUACACAUUAAUUGUGUCAUAAGCAACCAUGAUAGACCACAAGAUAAUCAUGUACGGCGUUUUCUGCAGAGGCAUGGGAUCCCAUACCACUACUUACCCACCGCACCUGGCAACAAAAGAGAGCAAGAGAUCUUGGAAUUGAUCCAGGGUACAGAUUUUGUUGUCCUGGCAAGAUACAUGCAGAUACUCUCAGAAAGCUUCUUAAAAGCAUAUGGUAAAGACAUUAUCAAUAUUCAUCAUGGCCUUCUUCCCUCAUUUAAGGGAGGGAAUCCUUCAAGACAGGCCUUCAAUGCUGGGGUGAAGUUAAUCGGGGCAACUAGCCAUUUCGUUACUCAGGAACUUGAUGCUGGGCCAAUCAUUGAACAGAUGAGUUUUGUUGUCAAGUAUGAGAGCCUUGAGAAGCAGUGCCUAGCAGAGGCUAUCAAGUCAUACUGCGAGCUCCGUGUCCUACCAUAUGAACUGAAGAAGACUGUCGUGUUCUGA